CACCGUAUUUGCGAGUCCAUCUGAUUUAGAUCAAGAGGACUUUCCAAUGGAGAACCUCCCCUCACCUGCUCCUGUGUCUGCUCCAGUCCCUGAGGAGCCUCGGGUUGCGGCCCUCCCCUCACCUGCUCCUGUGUCUCCUCCAGUCCCUGAGGAGCCUUGGGUUGCGGCCCUCCCCUCACCUGCUUCUGUGUCUGCUCCAGUCCCUGAGGAGCCUCGGGUUGUGGCCCUCCCCUCACCUGCUCCUGUGUCUGCUCCAGUGCCUGAGGAGCCUCGGGUUGCGGCCCUCCCCUCACCUGCUCCUGUGUCUGCUCCAGUCCCUGAGGAGCCUCGGGUUGCGGCCCUCCCCUCACCUGCUCCUGUGUCUGCUCCAGUCCCUGAGGAGCCUCAGGUUGCGGCCCUCCCCUCACCUGCUCCUGUGUCUGCUCCAGUCCCUGAGGAGCCUCGGGUUGCGACAUCCGAGGAGACAUCAUCUCUGAAGCCACCAUCAGCUCCUCCAAAUGCUUUUCCAACUAAGAAUGAUCUCUGGUACACAGUUCCAAAGCUUCAAUUAGGGGAAGAGCGGGAUGUGGAUGUUAGGCCGAAGUGGGCCAGACUGGCAGGAUGUGGGAGUGAAAAUCAGUUUCCCACCGUAUUUGCGAGUCCAUCUGAUUUAGAUCAAGAGGACUUUCAAAUGGAGAACCCCCCCUCACCUGCUCCUGUGUCUGCUCCAGUCCUUGAGGAGCCUCGGGUUGCGGCCCUCCCCUCACCUGCUCCUGUGUCUGCUCCAGUCCCUGAGGAGCCUCGGGUUGCGGCCCUCCCCUCACCUGCUCCUGUGUCUGCUCCAGUCCCUGAGGAGCCUCGGGUUGCGGCCCUCCCCUCACCUGCUCCUGUGUCUGCUCCAGUCCCUGAGGAGCCUCGGGUUGCGGCCCUCCUCUCACCUGCUUCUGUGUCUGCUCCAGUCCCUGAGGAGCCUCGGGUUGGGGCCCUCUCCUCACCUGCUCCUGUGUCUGCUCCAGUCCCUGAGGAGCCUCGGGUUGCGGCCCUCUCCUCACCUGCUCCUGUGUCUGCUCCAGUCCCUGAGGAGCCUCGGGUUGCGGCCCUCCCCUCACCUGCUCCUGUGUCUGCUCCAGUCCCUGAGGAGCCUCGGGUUGCGGCCCUCCCCUCACCUGCUCCUGUGUCUGCUCCAGUCCCUGAGGAGCCUCGGGUUGCGGCCCUCCCCUCACCUGCUCCUGUGUCUGCCCCAGUCCCUGAGGAGCCUCGGGUUGCGGCCGUCCCCUCACCUGCUCCUGUGUCUGCUCCAGUCCCUGAAGAGCCUCGGGUUGCGGCCCUCCCCUCACCUGCUCCUGUGUCUGCUCCAGUCCCUGAAGAGCCUCGGGUUGCGGCCCUCCCCUCACCUGCUCCUGUGUCUGCCCCAGUCCCUGAGGAGCCUCCGGUUGCGGCCCUCCCCUCACCUGCUCCUGUGUCUGCUCCAGUCCCUGAGGAGCCUCGGGUUGCGGCCCUCCCCUCAACUGCUCCUGCGUCUGCUCCAGUCCCUGAGGAGCCUCGGGUUGCGACAUCCGAGGAGACAUCAUCUCUGAAGCUGCCAUCAGCUCCUCCAAACGCUUUUCCAACUAAGAAUGAUCUCUGGUACACAGUUCCAAAGCUUCAAUUAGGGGAAGAGCGGGAUGUGGAUGUUAGGCCGAAGUGGGCCAGACUGGCAGGAUGUGGGAGUGAAAAUCAGUUUCCCACCGUAUUUGCGAGUCCAUCUGAUUUAGAUCAAGAGGACUUUCAAAUGGAGAACCCCCCCUCACCUGCUCCUGUGUCUGCUCCAGUCCCUGAGGAGCCUCGGGUUGCGGCCCUCCCCUCACCUGCUCCUGUGUCUGCUCCAGUCCCUGAGGAGCCUCGGGUUGCGGCCCUCCCCUCACCUGCUCCUGUGUCUGCUCCAGUCCCUGAGGAGCCUCGGGUUGCGGCCCUCCCCUCACCUGCUCCUGUGUCUGCUCCAGUCCCUGAGGAGCCUCGUGUUGCGGCCCUCCCCUCACCUGCUCCUGUGUCUGCUCCAGUCCCUGAAGAGCCUCGGGUUGGGGCCCUCUCCUCACCUGCUCCUGUGUCUGCUCCAGUCCCUGAGGAGCCUCGGGUUGCGGCCCUCUCCUCACCUGCUCCUGUGUCUGCUCCAGUCCCUGAGGAGCCUCGGGUUGCGGCCCUCCCCUCACCUGCUCCUGUGUCUGCUCCAGUCCCUGAGGAGCCUCGGGUUGCGGCCCUCCCCUCACCUGCUUCUGUGUCUGCUCCAGUCCCUGAGGAGCCUCGGGUUGCGGCCCUCCCCUCACCUGCUCCUGUGUCUGCUCCAGUCCCUGAGGAGCCUCGGGUUGCGGCCCUCCCCUCACCUGCUCCUGUGUCUGCUCCAGUCCCUGAGGAGCCUCGGGUUGGGGCCCUCUCCUCACCUGCUCCUGUGUCUGCUCCAGUCCCUGAGGAGCCUCGGGUUGCGGCCCUCUCCUCACCUGCUCCUGUGUCUGCUCCAGUCCCUGAGGAGCCUCGGGUUGCGGCCCUCCCCUCACUUGCUCCUGUGUCUGCUCCAGUCCCUGAGGAGCCUCGGGUUGCGGCCCUCCCCUCACCUGCUCCUGUGUCUGCCCCAGUCCCUGAGGAGCCUCGGGUUGCGGCCCUACCCUCAACUGCUCCUGCGUCUGCUCCAGUCCCUGAGGAGCCUCGGGUUGCGACAUCCGAGGAGACAUCAUCUCUGAAGCUGCCAUCAGCUCCUCCAAACGGUAAGACUUAAUUUUUGUACAAAUGUGGAAAAUUAUACUAAAGUAUAAUCUUAUGUUGUUAUGAAUUGGUACUUUAACAAACCUGUCAGUGUUUUUUUAUUUCA